AUGCCAACCAAUCCUCCUCCCACCUCUUCAUUACAUUCCAUUGGAGAAGAAAAGCAACAUCACCCAGAAGAACAAUCACAACUGCUACUACUUCAAAGAAAUCCUUCUCCUCAUUCCGUAUCGACCCUCAAUGCAUUCGACUCAUGGCCAAACACAAUUCUCACCACCUCUUCAUCAUCAUCAACAACAACCAAUCAUCAUGAAAAUAAUUCUCAAAGUUCAUCUCUUCAAUCUUCAUUUUCAAAUUCUUCCUUCUCGUCGUCGUCUUCGUCGUCUACGAAAAGUGUUUUAUCAAAAGACAAGGACGACAAGAACGACGUGAAGGAUGUGGAUCAUUCAAUGACACAACAACACACGUGCAUUCGAACGUCAAAAUUUGGAUACCUUCCUCAAGGAGUUUCAUCAUUGAAUUCUUCUUCUCGAAAUCGAGGAGGACAUUUGACACAAGGACAUCAACGCUGUGCCAGUGAAGAUGUUUCUUCCUCUCACCACAUGAUGAUGUAUCACCAACAUUCAAAUCAUCAUGAUGUUGAACACACAACAUCGACUGCUAUAUAUUCUUCUAACGGUGGUGACGAUGAAUCAACAAGCCUUGUGACCACCACAACAACGACGACAAGUGACACCAAAUCGAAAUACAACAACAACCUCGUCCACGGAAUCUCUUCAAACAUGGACCACAACGACCAUCCAAAAACAACGUCAUUGAACGCCGACACUAGUCAAAAAAACACAUCUUCUUGUAUGAACCAUUCACGAACAAGUUUGGCAACAACUACGAAUAGUACUUCAACUACAACAACAACGGAGAGUGACAAUCAUCCUUCUCCGACACAGUCACCUCCAUCGAUGAUGGAGUCAGUCGUUGAUGAUGACUCUUCCAACGACCCUCCCUCAUCAAAGAAUACCUCCAUCUCGAAUACGACGACUUCUACGAAGACGACGAAUACGAUGACGAAAACGACGACAUCGUCACCAUCAACCACACAAGAACUAGGCAAGUCGAGGGCAUUUUCAUGGACCACAAAGAAGGGACAAUCGGAGGAGAGUCGAUUAAAGUUUUUAAAAGAUACUCACGUGGAAGAACGAAAGAAAAUGAAUGCAACAACGACGAGUUAUAUGAAGAAGACUAUAAAUUCGAAUUAUCAUCAUCAGGAUCGAACACCGAAUACUCAUACGAGUAGUGGUUUUCAUGAACAUCAUUCGUCACAACAAAAUCAGGAUUUUCAACGACGAUUGAGUGAAUGUCUUCCUUCAAUUUUCACAGAUUGGAAACGAGUGAUUGAUUUUCAAUCGACAUGCAUGUUGGUGUUAAUUAUUUUAGAUUAUACAUUUAUGAUUGUUGAAACUUGUGUGAAAAAAGGAUGGUUGAAUGGAGCAAUUUUAACAACAUUGUGUGUGAUUGGAUUUAUGAGUGUGAAAUGGUCAUUUCUAAGAGAUUUACCUCAUUAUGUGAAUGUGAAUGACAGUUCGGUGUGGAAAAGUAUUGGAUCGCUGCAAGAUUUACCAAAUAGUAGAAUGAACAUUUCUGAAAAGAAAAAAGAUGAAUCUUGGGUGACAUGGUUGUCUUCCUACAUGCCCAAUCGAUUCAGCAGCACACAAUUAGUUUUUCUCAAUUUAGUGCUUUUCAGUUCUAAAUUCUUGUUGGCUGAAUCUAAGAGUGUAGUGACGCCAAUGAGUUUAUUCUCAAUCGCUUCCAUUGCAGGUUGUAAAUAUCGAGAUUCAUUUAUUAGAAAUCGAAAGGAUUUUGAAUUACAGCAACAUCCAUCCUUGAAAAAUGAUGAGGAUCAAACGAAUGAAUUAUCCAAAGAGACUUCGGCAGAUCUCGAAGCAGUAUUGUGGUCACAAGUGCCAUUCUAUUAUAUUGCUCUUCAUUAUGUGUGUUACAUGGCGUACAAAACAUUUCAAUUUUUCUCAAGCAUUGAGAAACCUCUCACGACAGGAGAAAUUUUUAGAGAAUUGCUAACUUUUGUGAUUGAUUACUUUCCUUCUGUUUCGAUGGUAUUGAUUUUUGGUGGAUUUGUCGUAUUCGCAAGUGUCUACAUUUCCAUCGAAUAUAAGAAAUUGACCGACAUUGCAAAAAAAUUGAGUCAAGCAUUGGAAGUUAAGAAUACUUUUUUGUCACACGUGAGUCACGAGUUGAGAACUCCAUUAUUAUCUUCAUUGGGAAGCAUUGAACUCUUGAAAGAAACAAAUCUGAAUAAUGAACAAGCUGGACAUUUGGAAGUCAUUCAGGCAUCGAAUAGCGUCUUACUUACUCUCAUUGAAGAUAUUUUCUUAUUUAUUGAUUUGGAUCGAGCUCCAAAGAAUAUGACUCCCAUGAAUACUAGGAAAGCAUACGAUGACAAUCCAUCGAUUGAACACAAUUCUGGCACUGAAUUGACAAGAUUUCAAGAACAUAGUUCUGCAUUUAGUAUUUCCAAAUCUAUUCACACCAUUUUGGAUAUUCUCCAAAAUUACUCGAGCAAGUUUCAAAUCAAAAUUGAAUGUUACAUUGACGACAGCGUCAAAUCAUUGAUCGUGUUUGCCAAUCAAACUCGACUUCAACAAUGCAUGUUAAAUAUUUUAACCAAUGCUGUGAAAGCUUCAAAACCCAAUGGUGUGGUCGAAUUGUAUUGUUCCAAAGUCGAACCUCAACCUCAACUCUCUGAAAAGCAUCUCUCCAGUAUGAAUCGAGACAUGAAAAAUGUGGAAUGGUUUGAAAUUUCAAUUGUGGAUCAUGGUAUUGGAAUUCCAAAAGACAAACAAAAGGCCAUUUUUGAACCAUUUCAACAAUUACAUAAUUUAAAUGAAGCCAUUUGUCCUGGAACAGGUCUAGGUCUUUGUACAGCGAAGAGAAUUGUGGAUCAAAUGGGAGGAUGGAUUGAUUUGCAAUCAGAGCCAAACAUUGGAUCAACAUUUACUCUCUAUUUACCUUUUCAAGUGGAAUCGAUUCAUGUGACUACCAAUGAGGAGAAGGAACAAGACGCAAUGACGAUGAAUAUUCAGUCAGGAUUCAGUUCAGGACAGACUAGUGGCAAUGAAUCAACAACAAGUGAACUUGAUCGAUCAAGUUCCACAAAUUUACCUUUUUCACAACAACAAGUGAGUAGUAGUGGCGGUGGAGAUGUUUCGGAUAGCUCAGAAUCUUCUUCCAAGAAUAAUAACAUACCUUCCACUCUCAAACUCUCUGAAAUUAACUCACCUCUGCACAAUGCCAUUCAAAGACAAUUACAAAUUCAAGAAAAUUAUUUGGAACAAUUCGAAAAGACACAACAAAUAUUUAAUGAAUCGCCACGUCCCAAAAGUUCCAAUAGCAAAAUCAUUGUGGCAGAAGAUAAUUCUAUUAAUCGACAAGUACUUUUGAAAUUGUUAUCCAAUCUAGGAUUUGGACAGGCAGAUGCAGUGUGUGACGGACAAGAAUUGAUUGAAGCUUUUGAUGUGAACAAACAUAAACUCAUUCUCACUGACAUGCACAUGCCUAAAAAGAAUGGUUUGGAAGCUUCACAAAUAAUUCGACAAAAGUAUCAAGAUCAGGUGAAGAUUAUCAUGCUCACCGCCGAUGCCUUGACCGAUUUCUCAACGGAGCAAUAUAUGAGAACUGUGGAUGCAGUGUUGUGUAAACCUUGCACGAAACAGAAAUUGAAAGAAACUAUAGAAACUUUUUUGAAAUAA